GGAAAACGUGCGCUCGGAUCGUUUGUACUAGUAGGUGCGGUUACGUUACCGCUACGUCUACCUACGCUUUGUCUUAUCGUGCCCACACUACACCACUGAGAAUCUGUGUUUUAUCGAUUUCAUGUGCAAAAAAUUCCAUCUGCUGGUCAUCUCGUGAACAAAGGUUGAUUUUAUUAUUGUGUUAUUGGUUACUCAUGCAAAUUGAAAACAAGUGUCAUUGGACAAGAUCAGUCAUCCAUUUAGUGCAAGUGUGUUCAAUAUAAAACGAGAUAGUAUCAUUCAAUCAUUUGUGAACCAACUAUAGUUGCAUAAGACUGAAGAAAUCGGAGAAGUGCUACGCAGAGUAUUGCCUAGUGCAGGUGGAGAUCACUUUGCAAUUCGUGGUUGGCACCAACGUUAAGUCACCGGAAGAGCCAAUGUUAUUUUAAGACAUAUUCACAUCCCUUGAGGGAGACCAGCAAUGGUGGACUACUAUCGGGUACUCGGUGUAACUCGAGCCGCUUCAGAGGCAGAAAUAAAAAAAGCUUACAGAAAACUAGCAUUGAAAUGGCAUCCAGACAAGAAUCCAGAUAAUGCAGAUGAAUCGAACAGACGUUUCAAGGAAAUAUCUGAAGCCUACGAAGUUCUGUCUGAUGCAAACAAGCGGAAAGUAUAUGAUGCACGGGGAUCCAGUCAUCACGCGCACAGAUAUCAAAGCAAGAAUGGAGUCAAUGGGCAUCGCCACUUUAACUUCAGAGGGUUUUUCGGAGAAACGCCAUUCCACCGCUUUUUUGAAAGGAAACGGCGAGUAUAUGAUCAGUAUGGCAAAGAAGGGCUGAACAACGGCAGAGGCAGGCGUUCAGCUCCUGACGACGAUUACGACUUCGGCUACCCUAGCUUCCCGUUCACAUUCCGUGACCCCGAAGAGGUUUUCAGAGAAUUCUUCGGCGGGUCUCCAUUCGGCGAUUUAUUUCCUGAAAUCAACGGUCAUGGACACGGUCACCACAGGCACGGUCGUCGAAGCCACCCCAGCACUUCCCUCACUUCAUCCCUGUUCAGUCCGUUCGGGUUCGGCAUGCAAGGCCUCGAUGAUAUAUUUGCACAUGCCGCAUCGAAUGGGAACACGUUCACUUCAUUCUCUACAUUCAAUAGUUCAUUAGCGGGACCCGGCAGCGCUAACAUGAGGAGUACUACCACCACGACGCGCAUUGUUAACGGGAAGAAAAUCACGACUAAAAAGGUGACAGAAAACGGUCGGGAGACAGUAAUGUCGUACGAGAACGGGGUCCUGAAAUCAAAGACUGUUAAUGGCGUACCUCAAUCAUUAACAUAUAGUUAAACUAAUUUGAUAGCUUAUAACCAAACUUGAUCCAAAUGUACUCAACAUGUUACGCG